GAAUCUUAACUGAAUUUAUGAAAUUUAAAAUCCACAUUAAUAAGAAAUAUAUUAUUAUUUUAAUGCUUUCAAGUUUAAACAGCAACAUGAGCACUUGAAGAUGCUUUCCUUAUAUUACGGUGGGGAUAAUUCGAUUGCUUCUACUUCGGCAGCCCAUUUUUGUUUUGUAGCGAAGAAGCCGUAAACAAGAAGAAUCCAAAGAAGCAAUUGCCUCCAUUAAGUUUUAAGGGCAUCUCCAACCCAAAAAGUCAUUUUUCAUUCCAAAAUAUAGUAAAACUUUAAAAUGCAAUAAUUCUUUUCCAACAGAACAUCAUUUCUUCUUUUUUUCAUGCUCUUCCUGCGAUGGUAAUCAUCUUUGGCGCGCUUUUCUUUCUUUAGCGCGCUUAUUUGACAAAUCUCGCAGCGAAUAUUUUCGGCACAGGUGAACAGUCCGACGACAAUUUGGAGUUCUAAUGGAGUAAAUGGCGGAUGACAUAUAAUGGUAUGGAGUUCUGUUGGAGAUGAUCUAAAAGAAGGAAAAGGAAGAGAGGAAACGAAUUUUCUACAUUUUCUUGUACGCAUUAAUAAGAACUAUCAAAAUUAUACUUCUUCUACUCAUCACACCAAAGAAGUGGAAAAAAUCUCGUUAAAGAAAAAGCUAGAUAUAAUUGACCCCAAUGUCGCUCUUUCUGUUUCAUUUCGCAUAGAAGAAACGAUGCCACCACUUUAAAUGUUAGUGUUUAAGGCAUCUGCUUUAGUCCACAUGUCUACCUCUGAACAUCACAUAUAUCGUUCAAAUUUUUUUUAAAAAAUAAUAAUUCUUUAUGUAUCUUUCUCCAUAAUGCAGGCCUUAAAAAAUUAUAUUCUCGGAUUCCAUCUGUCUCUAUCUAGCUUUGUAUUCCUACAUAUCUCUUUCAACCUUUGGAUUCCCACACAGAUGAAAAUGAGCUUCUCCAAAAUGAACAAUAGCAGCGUCUCUUCUCAUACUGAAACCAAUGGAAUUGUCCUCGCUGAUGACUUGCUGAUGGAGAUUCUCACCAAGCUACCAGUGAAGUGCAUCUACCGCUGCAAAUGUGUAUCAAGGUCAUGGCGGCGGCUUAUUGCAGACCGUUACGUCACUGCAGGGCUCCCAUUAAUCUUCUCUGGCAUGUUCUACCGCAGCGUUCUCGGAGCUCUCAAGUUUAAACCCAAAUAUGGAUGCAACUGUAAUGGUAGUUUCCAAGAAACAGACUUCAGUUACCUCCCAUUUUACCAUAACUCUAGCAUCAUAUAUUGCAGCAAUGGUCUUCUCCUCUUUUAUAGUAGAAUUCUCUCUGUUUUUCAUGUCUGCAAUCCUACCACAAAAAUAUGGGCAGCUCUACCCAAGCCAAGGGGCAAGAGCCAUCACUCAAUACUAGCUUUUGAUGCUUACAAAUCACCAUAUUACAAGGUGGUUUGCUUUAGUGGGACGCAAGCACAAGGAGGCCAACUUGAAGUCUUCUCGUCAGAGACCGGCCAAUGGGUCGAACACAACCUGAAUUGGGGAGUUGAUACCAACAACCUCUCAGAUAUUAUGCAUUACUUUCAUGGUGUUCUUUAUGUUCUUGCUUUUCCUGGACAUGUUGCUUGCAUUGAUCUUGAAAAGAUGUGUUGCAGCGUAAUUGAGUUGCCUGAGGACAUAAAAAUUAAUGUUUUCUUAGGGAAUUCUGGUGGGUUUCUCCACUGUGCAAUAAAUGAUGGAAAUGAAUUGAGGAUUUGGGUUUUACAAGGAAUGAAAUGGGUGUUGAAGAACAGAGUAAGUAUUUCAAGGAUUUUAAAAUGGAAUGGUGACUGCAGAGAUAUGUCUUAUAUUGCUUUUUGGCGUCACGAGCGGUUUAAUUUCUUAGCUUUUCAUCCGAAGGAGGAUGUGGUUUUCUUAUGGGUUUUGGGCAAGUUGGUGUCUUAUGAUCUUUGUAAGAAUAGAUUUGGUUUGGUUUGUGAGUUGGGAACAGAGAAGGAGAGGGUUCAAGUGAUUCAGAUUUGUCCGUUUCUGUAAAACUUUAUGGAGUUCUUAAUGUCUUAUUAGAACUUACUCGCACAUACAAUUCAAGUUCUGGAAUUCAUACAAAAAACUUUCUUUA